AUGAAUGACCAUAUUAUAUGCAAUACGCUAUAUUUUCUAUAAAAAUGUUAACUUCUUCUAAGUCAAAUAGAAGGUCAAUAAGAAUGGAUCAAUGAGAUAAAUGAAUGUUAAAAGGAAUUAGAGCUCCAUAAAGUUAAUCAUCCACUUUAUGAGUAUUGUUUACUCUUCAUAACUGAAAAGAUCAUACAACCAUUUUUAUAAGACUUAGACACUCUAUUUAAUUGUCAAGAUGUUGUUAAGGAAAUAAAAAAAUAUGAAUUGAAUUUUAAUUAUGUAAUCAAGAGACUUUCAUUAGUAAUAUACAUAUAUCUAUAAUUUAGAUAAAAGAGUUCAUACCAAAUGUAGUGAAGGUACCAUUAGAUGAUUUAUUCUGUAAACCUUAAACUGAUGAUGAAUGGAUUUAAUUAAAUAGAUAUAUAGAAUUUGUUAAUGUAUAAUAUUUAAUUUAAAAUAAGCUAGAUGAUCCAUAAUCUUUAUCUAAAUAAUUCGAUUAAUUUUAUGAUUACAUCGCUAUGGGAGCAGCUUAUUGUACUUUAGGUUAAAAGUAUUCAAACACAUUAAUAAGUUUGAUUGUUUAAAAUGUUGGUGGGGCUGCAAUGUUAAUUAAAAAAUAGACAGCAAGAAAUAUAAAGACUAAAGAAAUCACAAAUCCAUCACUUUCAUUUGUAAAGGGAUUAUGGAGUAUUUAAAACAAUUCAACAUUUUUUAAGAAUUUUAUGAAACUUACUAAUUGUAAGAUAAAAUCACAUCUAAAAAUUCAUGUUCCCUUUUUAUUUGAUGAUUAAUAAUUUAAAUAUCAUCAUGAUAAAAAUACUUAUGUUUUAGAGAAAUUUUAUGGUUUCAAAAUGGUAGAUGAUCUUUACCAUAAACUACAAGUUAAGGAAUUAUUAUAAAAAUCAAAAUAAUAAAAAAUUAAAGUGAGAAUUAUAUCAGCAAAUAAAGUGAUUUUAAAUUAUAAUAUUGAUUAUUCCUAAUUAGUAUAGAAAAUAAUUGAAAUCAGUUCAGAACAUCAUUAAAUAAGUUAAAUAAUUUAAUAAAACAAUAAGAUUACAAAAAUAAAAAAAGUAGUUUUACAUAUUCAUGGUGGUGGAUGGGUAGCCAUGUCAUCAUUUAGUCAUCAAUCUUAUACAAGAAAGUGGGCUAAUUAUCUAGGAGAUGAUGCUAUUAUAUUCUCAAUAGAUUAUAGAUUAGCUCCUGAAUAUAGAUACCCUUAUGCAUUGGAAGAUGUUUGGCAAUUAUAUUUAUGGAUCAUAAAUUUUAGUCAAUUCUAUUUAAAUAUAACAGUUGAAUAAAUAGUUUUAGCUGGAGAUUCUGCAGGUGGUAAUAUGGCAUUGGGAGUUUGUUUUAGAGCAAUAAAAUAUGGUAUUAGAAUUCCAGAUGGAUUACUAAUGGCUUAUCCUGCAGUAAAUUUAGAUUUAACUAAAUUUAAUCCAUAUUUAUUAUAAGGAUUGAUUGAUUAAGUAGCACCAGCAACUGUAUUAAAAUUAGCUCUACAUGAAUAUUUAAAAGAUACAAAUGGCAAACCUAAUAUUGAUCCAUACUUAAGUCCAUUGAUAGCUGAUGAUUCAUUUUUAUUAUAGUAAUUAAAAUUAUAAAUUGUUAGAUUACCAAAAAUGACAAUUAUGUGUGGUUAAUUAGAUAGUCUAACUGGAGAUACUAUAAAAUUUGUUAAUAGAUUAAGAAAGUUGAAUAAAUAAUUUAGAAUGAUUAUAUAUAAUGGAAUAAAUCAUGGAUUUUUGAAUUUUGAAGUACCUAUAUUUGCAGUACCUGCUAUAAAACCAUUAAUAGAAAAUAGUUGUGAUUUAUUGAAAUAGUUAUUUAAUUAAUGA